AUGAAUAUAUAUUAUUGAUUAUUACCUUGAAUCUUAUUUAUUUGUGGGAUAAUAGUUUUUGUUUCUAAUCAAAAACAUUUAUUGUCAAUAUUAUUAAGUUUAGAAUUUAUUGUUUUAAGAUUAUUUAUUUAUUUAUUAAUAUAUUUAAGAGUUUUAGAUUAUGAGGGCUAUUUCAGUAUAGUUUUUUUAACUUUUUGUGUUUGUGAGGGAGUUUUAGGUUUAUCUAUAUUAGUUUUAUUAGUUCGUUCACAUGGAAAUGAUUAUUUUCAAUCAAUUAAUAUUUUAUAA